CGAGGAAUAAGGAGAGGAAGGAAGGAGCAGAAAAGAGGGCAGAGAAGUAUGCAGGGAUGGAGAAGGAAAGGGAGAAAGCGACGAGUGAGCGAGAGAUCGACACACGAAGACGAGAGACGGAGAUCAGGAGAAAGAGGAAGAAAGAAGGAGAGAGAGGGAGGAUAGAGAGAGGGAGGGGAGGGAAGGAGAGAGAGGCUAUCACAAUAAACUCAGACAGAGAUUGAACCACGGAGAUUGAACGGUGAGAUACAGUAGAAACAGAGCGACUGGAUUUAAGUGGUUGAGAGGGGAGCCGCCCGUCAGCUACGUUUUCAGAUUCUCAGGUGGCGACACAGGGAGAGAAAAGUGAGGUCGGUCGGCCACAGCCAGGUCGUUAUUUGAGGCUUAAUUUCAGACCUACCGACGGGCGGAAAACAAGCAUCUGAAGAUGGAGGGGAUGGCGUACGGAGCUGGCAAGGCUGGCGGAGCCUUCGAUCCACUCACGUUUUUCCGGCAGCCGUAUACUAUACUUCGGAUGGUGUCCUGGCUUUUCACCAUCGUGAUCUUCGGCUCCAUCGCCAAUGAAGGCUAUGUGAACCGGCCCGAGGAACUCGAGGAGCACUGCAUCUUCAACCGCAACCAGAACGCCUGCAACUACGCCGUCGCCAUGGGAACGCUGGCCUUCCUCUGCUGCGCCGCCUUCCUGGUGCUGGACGCGUACUUCCCGCAGAUCAGCAGUGUCAAGGACCGCAAGAAGGCCGUGCUGGCCGACGUUGGCGUGUCUGCCUUCUGGUCCUUCAUGUGGUUCGUCGGUUUCUGCUUCCUGACCAACCAGUGGCAGGCCGCCAAACGCCAGGACAACCCGCUGCGGGAGGGCGCCGAUGCCGCACGGGCCGCCAUCACUUUCUCCUUCUUCUCCAUCUUCACCUGGGCGGGGCAGGCUUUCCUGGCAUACCAGCGAUAUAAGCUAGGAGCUGACUCUGCCCUCUUCUCCCAAGACUACGCCGACCCCAGCCAAGAACCAGGUGCUGCUGGCGCCCCCUAUAGCUCUUACACGGGGAGUGACCUGGGCGGUCAGGACAGCACCGGAUCCUACCAGCAGCCGGGCUCGGAGGGGGCCUUCGAUGGGGGGUACCAUAGUCAGGACUACUGAGCCAGGGGGCAGGGCUGAGGGUGGGCAUUGGGGAUGGGGGGUGUUUCUGGGUAAUCCAUUCGGGGGCAUCUACCUGGGCGACAUGGAUGACAGCUUACCAGGUUGCCUUUAACGGGGGAGAUCAGUGUUGGUUGUCUUCAUCAUGCGCAGCUGAGUGAGUUUGGUGCCGUGCCAUUUGACGGGGUUUGGAGGUGGGGCUGACGCCGAAGUUUGGCCUCCCGGACGCGACGGUGUUCAUACUCACCAAGUGUUCCUGCCACUAAGACAUAGCCGUGUUCUCCAGGUGUCUGGUGGACAGCAGUCUACUGAGGCCCUCUGUCUUCCGGUUCGAAUGAUCGCGCUUAUCCAGGGUUGGGUUAGGGUAAUCCUGCUGGCUGUUAUUCAAAGCUACAGGAUUGGGAACUGAUUUAUUUGGCCAGUUUAUUACAGGAGUCUCGGUUUACUGCAUUUACUUGCAUACAUACUGGCUUUACUGCGUUUCCAUAUUGAUCUUGUGCCCAGGCUCACAGGAUAGCGAGCUUUGCGGCUACUUCAGUCAUUUCAGGUUUGCGGCAGUCUCCCCCUUUACAUAAAAGUCUGGUGCGUGUAAAUUUCAAACAGGCAGGAUAGUUAGCAGCCAGGCACGUUCACAAGCCGUGGCAACUUAUUAUCAAUGCAUUCAGUAGGACGGGAACCCAGGAGGGUCAACGUGAACCACGACACACGCAGAGGGCAGUUUGACAGGUACGGCGAACUGAAUACGUACAGAACGCAGCCGAGGUCAAGAGGCUGAGUCACCAUUCGGCUCAGGCUUAGAGCAGCAAGCAUGUCUGAUCUAAGGGACUUUGAACACGAUGUGAUUGUUGGUGCCGGAUGUGGAGGUUCUAGGGUCUCAGAUACCACUGCCUUCCUGGGAUUCUUCUGCAUUACAGUGUGUGCAGUGUGCAGCUUAUAAGCACCACUGCAGAAAUAACAGCUUAGUGCAACAGUGCUGUACAGAAAGGUGGCUCUGAUCACACAACUUCACCCACAAAGUGGUGCUGGAGGCAAAAGUGGUUUCUGCUCAGUACGAGCCAGGCGUACCUAAUGAAUCGGCUAUUGAGGGUUUUACCACUGUAAGCAGGGAGAUGCAGGGUUUACCGGACCUAAAUCACGUACUAUAUUCCAUGGUGCUGUUUGCUAAUUUUUACUUUGAGACUAAGUUACAGGUCAACAGGCCAGACAUCACUGGUACUGAAACCUACAGGGACUUAAGUAGGUGGCUUAACAGAAAGACAUAUUUGAAAGUUGGCCGAAGUUUAGCAUCGGUGUCCAUGCCCUGUGGUCAUUUCCGUCUGUGUCUGAGCCCACGGGACUUACCAAGAGGGAGGGCUGAGGGCUUGGAGCUGUGCUCCGUCAGAAGCGGGGCGCUCUUAAUGCCAGUCUGAAUGGCUCAGCAGCAUUCUUAACCUCAGUAUGUCACUUAAAAGCGGAAGCUAAGAACAGGCAGCAGUUCUGCCUAACAGAUGGCUUGGAAUUUUCUAUCAGUGCACCUUUUAGGACAGUGUUUCUCAACCCAGUCUUCAGGGACCCCCAGACAGACAUUUUUGCUCCCUCCCAGCUCCCUGCCAGACAGUCCACAUUUUUGCUCCCUCCAAGGUCCCUGUCAGACAGUCCACAUUUUUGCUCCCUCCCAGCUCCCUCCCAAAUAGUCCACAUUUUUGCUCCCUCCCAGCUCCCUGUCAGACAGUCCACAUUUUUGCUCCCUCCCAGCUCCCUCCCAAAUAGUCCACAUUUUUGCUCCCUCCCAGCUCCCUCCCAGUUUAAUAAAACGUGGACCGUCUGUGGGUCCCAGAGGACCAGUUUGAGAAGCACUGCUUUAUGACAAUAUGGCACCACCUGGAGGUGACAAGGUGGCACUACAAUGCAAAGUUGACAAACACAGCUGACAGAUAAGUGGAUGUUUCCACUGCCAAUCGACUACAACCAACACUGGUUCUACAUUAGUAACUGCGCCCUUAAUGUAGCUUGUGGAACCUCGCAUGGUGAUUAGCAGUGCAGAAGUACUGUACCAGCAGAUUCAUCUAAAUAAGCGUUAAUUAGUUCUCUUUCAGUCCAAGAACUGAAGAUGGUAUUUACUGACAUUUAUUUUGUGUUUAUUUUUUUAUGGUUUAACUGUGUUUCGUGAAGACACUUGGCUGAAAAAUAAAGACUAUAAUCUCAAAUUCAAUUAAAUUAUUAUUGUCAGCAGAAAUUUAAAUAUACAGAUAAAUUAUGUAUGCUGAACUUUUUAUUUUGUUGUAAAAAUGUCUGUAUAUAAUUUUCUAAAUGGGUAAUUAUAAAAAUAUAUCAGGCGUAUUAUUUAAAUCCCAAGCAUAAUCCCUAUUAAAACACUCUUUACAUCCCUCUGUAAUAUUAAAAAUAUACCAAGUAAUACUUAACAGUAGAAUAGUGUUUAAUGUGAAUAAAAGGUCAUUUAUUUCUGGCUUUUAUUCAGUAUAUUAUGGUAUGGUGAUGUGCUCUGAACCAGGAAAUAUAUCCGUCCUCUGUAUGAAAUAAAUAUUUUGGAAUAAUGAUUUUAAAAAGAAAAAAACAUUAUGCUCAAAGUACCGAUUGAAUAGACAUGUGUAGGGUUGUGUUACUUUGACGUGUUAUGACAUAAUGAAAGUGCUGUGAUUUAUUUUUAUUGAUUAAAUUAAUCAGUUUA